GAAGAAGCCCUGGCUCACCUGACCUCAACAUGUAGGUUUGACAACCAAAUCUGUCAAGCCUGACACGCUGAGCUCAGUGUCACUUUUGUAAACCACAUCAACUGGGUGUAAAGUCCACCGACAGCAGUGGGACGACUGCCAUCACCGACCUCCCUGGAGACUUUUUCGGUUUCGAGUCGUUUUCACAUCUAGACCAUCAUGGAGAUUGAAUUAUAUCAGCUAGAUGCCUUUACUAAUUUACCGUUCAAGGGAAACCCCGCGGCGGUUUGUCCACUAAUGCAUGAGCUGAGUGAUGACUUGUAUCAGAAGAUAGCAGCAGAGAUGAACCUGCCAGAAACAGCUUUCCUCAUCAAGCACAACCCCUCUGAUGAUUUUACCACAGGAUCACGGUUCCGCCUUCGAUGGUUUACACCAACUAAUGAAGUGAAUCUGUGUGGUCAUGCCACUCUGGCCACUGCAGCAGUGCUAUUCCAGUAUAAGAACAAUGUGAAUCCCGUACUGGUGUUUGAUACCAGGAGUGGAGAAGUGGCUGUCACCCCGCAGGGGGACGGCUACGUCCUGGAUUUUCCUCUCAACCCGCCCACCGAGCAGGAUCCCAAUGAGUUCAGAGAUAUCAUCAAGGCUGCAGUUGGAGACCUCCCAAUCCAAGAUGUUUAUCUGAGUGCCAACACUAAGAAACUGAUGGUUCGACUAGCUGACAGCUGUGACAGGUCAGUGCUAACCAGUCUGAAAAUUGAUCCUAUUCUUCUUCAGAGCAGUGAGAAGACUGGAAAAGUCAAAGGACUCAUCCUCACCAUGAAAGGAUCCCCAGACAGCCAGCCAGGAUAUGACUUCUACUCCAGAUACUUUGCUCCAUGGAACGGCAUCACUGAGGACCCUGUUACUGGUUCUGCCCACACGGUGCUGGCUUGCUACUGGACUAAGAAACUAGGAAAGAAGAAAAUGCUGGCUUACCAAUGCUCCAGUCGAGGUGGGGAGCUGGAACUGGAAGUGAGAGAUGACGGAAGAAUCAACAUAGGCGGACAGGUGGUCACUGUCCUGCAGGGAACAAUCAUACUGUAGCCACAGACACAUGCUCUGUACAAUUUGAUUAAAAGAAAAAAUGGUUUAAAUAAAAAGCUAUACACA